CUUGCGCUAGAACGACGUGACGUCAUCGGGUCAAAGUUUACAGCUAUGGCGUCGGGAAAUGGAAUUGCUUCUCUGGGCGUGGAGGGAGCUACAGCAGCCGCCCAGGCUCUGUCUCUACCAGCUGAGGCUUAUGGGAACGAUCCUCAACUGGAGGUGAUGUGGGCGAUGAAGGCUUACAAUCAUGCAGAGAUCUACUUUAAUCUGAUCUCGUCGGUAGACCCUAGUAAUCUGAAGCUGACCAAGGUGGAUGACCGGAUCUAUACGUCCUUCAGAGAAUCCUUCUCAGACCUCAACAUCAAGAACUUGGACCCAGACAUGCUCAAAACUGCCGAUGCCAAAGAGAAGUGGCGUCCAUUCUGUAACCAGUUCGACGGGGUGGUGGAGGACUUUAACUAUGGGACUUUGCUACGACUUGACUGUGAGAAGGACUACACAGAGGAAAACACCAUAUUUGCCACCAGGAUCCAGUUCUUUGCCAUCGAGAUCGCUAGGAACAGAGAAGGAUUCAACACCCCUGUAUUCCAGGCCAAAAAACAGCCGCCUUAACCCAUACCCUAUAACCUUUUUAGCAUAGUCUCCAACACCCUUGUAAACCCAACCAAGGAAGAGUUUCAACAGCCCUGGUUAAACACCCUACCUUUUGACCUAGGUAUGGGAUACUCUGAACCCCACAUCACCUACAACCCAGGAACAGAUAACAUUUUACCAGGCUUGACAUCCAUCUCCUUACAAUUUUCCUGUGAUCGUCCACCUUGACAUAUCAGGUCGACUGGAUACUAGACCAGUGGCAUGUUCAGCAGGGCACCACGUUGUGGAACGUUCAUAUAUAGAACAAUGACUUGUUUGCUUACUGAGCGUGGCCCAGAGGUCCACACACCAGCCUGCAUCCCACUGUGUGCAUGAGUGCGUGUACUGAUGUCCAAUCUGAGCAUGGUAGCUACAGAGCCUUCACACCUUGAUUUUCCACAUUUUGUUACAGCCUGUGGAUAAAGUUCUGAUUGCGUCACUGGCCUACACAAUACUCCAUAAUGUCAAAGUGGAAUUAUGUUUUUAGAAAAUCUUAAGCCUCGAGUCAAGUAUUCAACCCCUUAUAUGGCCAGCCUA